UUUCAAAGUCCACCCGGCGCAGCUGCUCGAGCCCCGCCCCCUCCCCCAAUGUGUUCUCACGAGACCACCUGAGGCCACUUUUUUUUUUUCCAUUAGCGCAUGCUAUGGUGGUUUACUCAGAUCGGUCUGCAGGCUGCGCAAUGUUUUCUCUCUUGAUGCUGCUUUCUGGCCUGCUUAAAGACCACCGUUCUCAUCAAACAUUUCUAUCAGUCACAGUUCCACUAAAGAUCUCAUCACCUUCAAGUGAAUUUUUGGAACCGAAAUACGUAUCUUACAACAUUACAAUAGAAGAGAAGCCAUAUAUUUUGCUCCUAAAACAAAAAAUUUUUUUACCUCAUGAUUUUAGGAUUUAUACUUAUAACGAAGAGGGAUUUUUGACCUCCUUUGUUCCUUUUUUUAAGAAUUUUUGCUUCUACUAUGGGCAUGUGGCAGAUUUCCCAAAAUCACUUGUGACACUCAGUACUUGUUCUGGAAUCAGAGGUUGGUUACAAUUUGAAAAUUUCACAUAUGGAAUUGAGCCUCUGGAGUCUUCAACAGGAUUUGAGCAUGUGGUUUAUCAAGUAAGAAAUGAAAACACAGAUGUCUUUCUGUAUGCUGAAAAGGACAUGGAUAUGAAGUCAAGAAAAUCACCUUAUGAAUUCCAGAUGGUUAAUUCUCAAUUAGAUUAUUUAUCAUCUUUCUCUGGCUAUCUAGAAAUGCAUGUUGUCGUGGAAAAAAAUCUGUAUGAAUUUAUGGGUUCUGAUGCAAAUCUUGUUACUCAGAAAAUUGCCAUGGUUACUGGACUUGUCAGCACAAUAUAUAACUCACUUAACUUGACUAUUGUACUGUCUUCCUUGGAGUUCUGGAUAGACAAAAAUAAAAUCAAUACAGCUGGAGAAUCUGAUGAAUUAUUGAAGAAAUUUUUAAAAUGGAAAGAAUCUUAUCUGGUUCUAAGGAGGCAUGAUGUGGCAGUUUUACUUAUUUAUAGAAAUAGAUUUAAAUAUGUGGGAGCAACAUUUCAAGGAAAGGUGUGUGAAAGAAGCUAUGCUGGUGUUGUUGCUAUGUAUUCACGAACAUUAAAUCUGGAAGCAUUUUCAGUUAUUAUCGCUCAGUUACUGGGUUAUAGCAUGGGAUUAGCUUAUGAUGAUGUUGAAAGCUGUCACUGUACAAGACCUGUCUGCAUAAUGAACCCGGAAGCAGUGAAGUCCAAUGGUGUGAAAGUAUUUAGCACCUGUAGUAUGGAAGAUUUUAAGAAUUUUGUGUCAACAAAAAAGGCUGAAUGUCUUCAGAAUCGACCACAUUUAGAUCCAUCUUACAGAACUUCCACUUGUGGUAAUGGCAUCCUGGAAACUGGUGAAGAAUGUGACUGUGGCUUAGAUCAAAGUUGUAUUAUAUGCUGUGAUACUAUGAAUUGUAAAUUAAAAAGUGGAGCAAUGUGUGCCCAGGGAAAGUGCUGUCAAAACUGUCAGUUUAGUGAAAGAGGUACACAAUGUCGAGAACGUGCUGAUUUGGACUGUGAUCUCCCUGAAUAUUGUAAUGGAUCCUCUGAAUUCUGUCAGCCUGACUUACAUGUUCAAGAUGGACAUAACUGCCGUAACAAAACGGCUUUCUGCUAUAAAGGAAAAUGUCCAGAUCCAAAUGAUCAGUGUAGAGAAAUAUUUGGUAAAGAUUCAUCUGUUGGUGCUAAUGAAUGUUUUGAAGAACUUAAUAGUAAGGCAGAUCGGUCAGGACACUGUGGUCGCACUCCAAAAGGAUUUAGACAAUGUGGAUGGAGGAACCUCCUCUGUGCAAAAGUAAUGUGUGAAUAUACAAAUCCAAGACCAUUUUUUAAUACACAAGCAACUGUUAUUUAUGUUAAUGCAGAUGAUCAUCUGUGCAUCACCUUAGACUUCCCAACAGAUGAUGAUACUAAGGACCCCAUGUGGGUACGCAAUGGAAUCGUUUGUGGUUAUAAAAAGGUUUGUUUGAACCGGCAAUGUGUAGACCUUAUUGACCUGGGAUUUGAUUGUCAUCUUAAAAAAUGCAUGGGCCAUGGGGUUUGCAAUAAUCUAAAACACUGUCACUGUGAAGAUGGGUGGCUCCCUCCAAACUGCACCAUUCCAACCACUGGACUAGGAGGAAGUAUUGACAGUGGAAUCCAUUCAAAAUCUGAUUUACUUGCAAUAUCUUCAGGUCACAGAUCUAAUAACUUGGGCAUCGCAAUUGGCUUCCCCAUAGCAGUUAUUUUCACAAUAGCGAUAAUUUUUGUAAUGAUAUAUUUUCGCCAUGGAAUAAAAUGUAGAUGUAUACUCCAGGACACACCAAGUGAUGAAUCAUUUGUGGAAGACAAACAUUCAAAAGAAGCUAAGAAUAAUCCAAAAUUAAAGACAUGAAGGUUUAAGAGCAGAGGACAUGUGAACAGCUGACUACCUGGACUGGACAAAGUGCUUACCUGCUUGGAAGAAUUUGAGUUAUCUUGGCUAAUACAAUCGGUUUUUUUAAAAAUUCUCUUAAGAAUUAUUUGUUUAUGUGAAAUAAAAUGUGUGUCUAUGUGUAUGAAACCCA